AUGCUCUACGCGCUUGGGGGAUACGAUGGUGGAGGGCAGCUUGCGACGGUGGAAAGCUACGACAUUCAGACGGGGCUGUGGAGGACGGAGUCCCCCAUGUUGUCCAAGAGAGGCGCCCUGGCAGCCGUAGUGCUCGAUGGCCGGAUCUUUGCUAUCGGAGGAAACGAUGGCAGGAGGGAUCUGGCGACUGUGGAGUCUUUCGACGCCGGGACCGCAACAUGGCGUUCAGAGGUUCCGAUGCCCUCGAAGAGAAGAGCUCUCACCGCAUGUGUACUGCACGGCCGCAUGUUUGCGCUGGGAGGGUACGACGGGUCGAGCUGGCUCAACACGGUCGAGUGCUACGAUCCUCGGCUGGGCGAGUGGAGGAGCGAAGCCCCGAUGCCGUCCAAGAGGAGCGGACUAGCGUGUGUGGUGUAUGGCAACCGCAUCUACGCCAUCGGAGGAUACGACGGACGGAACUUCCUCAACGCUCUGGAGAGCUACGACCCGAGCACGGGAGAGUGGAGGAUUGAGACGCAGAUGCCGACGAAGAGGAGCGGGCUGGCUGCAGUUGUGCUGCAAGACAAGAUCUACUGCCUCGGAGGAUACGACGGUCGCUCCUUCCUGUCCACUGUCGAAUGUUUCGACCCUAGGACAGGAGAGUGGCAGGUCGAGUCGCCGAUGCCAUCAAGCAGAAGCGCUUUUGCUGCUUGUGUGGUGGCUGGCAGGCUCUUCACUGUGGGAGGAAACGAUGGGAGGUGA